UCCAAGAUGGCACCGACCCUGGUGGAGCAUGUUGUGGCAGACGCAGGAGCGUUUUUAAAGAAAGCUCCUCUGCAGGAAAUCGGCAGGAACAUUUACACUCUGAAAGAAGUGGUGAACGAGAUCAGAGACAAACCCACCAGGAGGAGUCUGGCCUUCCUGCCCUACCAGCUCCACUUUAAAGACCCACAUCCAGAACACGUCAGACAUGUGACGGAGUUCUCCAAGAAGACCGGAGACUACCCGAGUCUCUCGGCCACAGACAUCAAAGUCCUGGCUCUGACCUACCAGCUGGAGCUGGAGCAGGUCGGCUCCCAACACCUGAGGAGAGACCCGGAGGUCAAGGUUAAUAUUCAGGGCACACAGCGCCACCCAGAGACGCCUGUCAACGUCGCAGGAUUUCACUUCCCCUCCAAGGUAAAAAAACCUGUUGACGGUCCGAGCAGCAGACAGACGCCAACACAGACGGAGACUUCACACCAGACGGACGCUGAACAGUUCAACACCUUCCAGUUCUGGAGAGAGCCGCUGCUGACGCUGGACGACGACCUGCUGCAGCUGCUGGAUCCAGAGGAGGUUUUAAACAACAAACAGAAACAGACUGUGACGGUCGACACCGACGAGUUCAACAGCUUCCAGUUCUGGAGGGAACCGGUGCCGACCAUCGACCACAGUCUGCUGGAGCUACUGGAAGUAGACGGUGUCUCGGUGUCAGACAGCAGGCCGGAUACAUCAGCACAGACAGAGGACCAAUCAGACGACGAGGACAAAGAGAACGAGCCUGAAGAGGAAGAGGAGGAUGAGGAGGACGGAGGAGGUUGGAUCACUCCCAGUAACAUCAAACAGAUGAAGAUGGCUUCUGCUGAUUGGACGGCUCCUGCUGAUGUCAGAGUGGGAUGUCUGACCACCGACUUCGCCAUGCAGAACGUUCUGAUUCAGAUCGGCCUCCAUGUUCUGUCUGUGAACGGGAUGCUGAUCAAACAGGCGAGGAACUACAUCCUGAGGUGUCACGCCUGCUUCAAGACGACCAGCAACAUGAACAAAGUGUUCUGUCCUCACUGUGGAAACAAGACUCUGAAGAAGCUGGCGGUGACGGUCAGUGAGGACGGCAGCAUGAAGAUGCACUUCUCCAAAAACCCCAAAGUGCUGAACCCGAGAGGACUGAGGCACUCGCUGCCUCUGCCUCAGGGAGGGAAACAUGGUAGUAACCCCCAGCUGGUGGAGGACCAGCGUUUCCCCCAGCAGAGACUGUCCCAGAAGGCUCGUCAGAAGACGGAUGUCUUCGACCCGGACUACGUGGCCGGGGCCUCGCCGUUCUGCCAGAACGACAUCUACAGCCGAGCGGCCAACCUGCAGAUCAGAGACGGGCAGUGCGGAGGCGGCCGGAGACGAGCCAACCCCAACGCCACCCACAAGAAGUUUGUCAAGAAGAAGUGAGGAGCUGAAGGACACGUGGAGACGCGGCGUCGUCAGAUCAGUUUGAUCUGACGUGUCAGAGAGUUCAGGUGGUUUUCAUGUGUGAAUCCUCCAGCAGGGUCAUGUGACCCGUCACUGACGCAGCCUCUGCCCUCAGUGCAUUUCUAUGAAGGUAACUAACUUCACAUCAUCAUGUUUUAAUAGAGGGAAAUGCCUCUGAUGGUGCGUUCAUGGACAGUCUAACAUCUGAGAUUCAAGAACCAGCUGCAGAACAGCUGGAUAUUAUUAUUAUUAUUAUUAUUAUUAUUAUUAUUAUUAUUAUUAUUAUUAUUAUUAUUAUUAUUAUUAUUAUUAUUAUUAGUGAUAGAAAUAAAUGAUGGAGAAAACAACCAAUAAUGUAAUAAAACUAUUAUUAUCCAACCCAAGAAAGGAGCAGAUUCACAUCUUUCCCUCCUCAGCCUCCAUGUUUUCAGUUCACACUGCUCCUUUAAUAUUCCCAGCAGCUCCAGCACAGAGACAACCUGUGUAACAGGUAGACGCUGACGGUCUCACGUCUCUGCACGUUGACACCUUCAUAGAAAUGAACUGACAGUAACGACUGUGUGGUGUUUAAAUAAAUGUGAAACCUGAGCAUUUUCUACAGUGGCCCUGAAGCUCGACGCUCUGCAACACAACAGGAAGUGUUUCCAGGGGACACUAAAAAGUGAUGCACCUGCUGGGACGUGCUCGUUCAAUGUUUUUAAUUUCAAACGUCACAAAGCAGUGAACCGGUACGUCCCUUUUUAUUGUCCCGUUAAAACACUUCCUGUUGUGUUGCAGCGCUCUGAGUUUCAGGGCCACCGUACUUUUCAGCCGACAGGUGAAACAUGAAGAAACAGCGUUAAUGUUCGUUAAAAUAUAAAACCAGCAUUUCUCUUGUAUACAGGAUUUCUGAGGUCACGUUAAGCCCCUCCCUUCCAGACUGAUCAGUAUAUUGUUUCUAUAUUAAUACCCAAUAAAUUUAAAGACUGACUUCA